AUGGGUUCCAGUGUAAGCUCCUUCUCCUCUCCCUUAUUAACAACCAACAGGAAAAUUCAUCAUGGAAUUGCAAUUCGCCAGGACUCGCAACCGUAUAACGAACCAACCAUGUUUCAUCAGGCAGAUGCCAAAAGUUCAAUCCUUGGGAACACUCUCGUCCAACGAUCGGGAUCAAGGACGAAACAAAUCCCUCUCUCGAAUGUCCACAAGACCUCUUCGUUUUCUGAGUACUUGCAAAAAAGAGUGAUCCCUGAAAAGGAGCAACAAUUCAAUCACGACAUUCACUCUCCUGUUGUCGACAGUGAUUCUGAUUCAGAACCAAUCAACCACAGUCCACCCUCUCCCAAUACCUCCAAUCACCUGAAAUACAUGACUCAAAGAAAAUCUUCUCCCUCAACGUUUUCUUGGUCUCCUGAAUCUUCGAAUGGAUUCGAUUGGAACACUCAUUCUCCCCAAAGACAACGUUCAUUCCCAUUCCUACAACAACCAUUCACCAUUAAAACGAAAAAGAAUACAUCCUCUCUUGUUCACACUCAAUCCUCCAAAUAUGACAUUCAACAAAGAGGUCCAAAUAAUAAUAAUGAAAGAAAAUUCCUCUCCCAAACAAAAAGAUCAGUUCCCAAUCAAAAGAGCCAUCAAGAAGAAGACGACGAAAAUGAUCAACUCAUCUCACAAUUUAUUGACAGUUUUCGAUUGAGAAAGGCUAAAAACAUCACUCCCAAAACAAACGAUCUUUCUCCGCACCCACUCCACAAGAGACUCUCUUUCAAGUAUUUAUUACAAAACUCGAGUAGUGAUCGAAGAGAAGAAUUUUUCAUUGUGGUGACUCCUCCUUUAUUUCCUUAA